GGCAAGUCCUUUGCACUCUUUCCCAAACAACCCCUUUGAGCGUUUUGCACAGUAAAUAGACAGACCAGUCCUUUAUCAUCUCUGAUUAGCGAUUACCACACUAUUUAGCCAAAACCCUCCUAGUCUUCGAGAUGGGCCUUUGAGAUUGAGGUCUGGUUCGGUGCCACACAUCGUUUGGCAGUCAUUAUUGGUGAGUGAUAAAAUUCACAGUUGGGAAAGCGACCAUGGACGCUAUGAGCCAGUUGCGGAGACAGUUGCAUGAACACACUGCUUAUCUACGUAAAGAGGGAUUUUUGGACGACCAGUUUGAACAACUUCAGAAACUGCAAGAUGAGAACAGCCCAGAUUUUGUGGUUGAGGUUGUGUCUAUUUUCUUUGAGGAUUCUGAGAAGCUCCUCAACAACAUGGCCAGAGCUCUAGAACAGAAAAUUGUGGAUUUCAAACAGGUAGAUGCCCAUGUUCAUCAGUUCAAGGGCAGUAGCGCCAGCAUAGGUGCAAUGAGAGUUAAAAAUGUGUGCAUUGAGUUCAGGAAUUAUUGUGAAGCCCAGAACGUUGAAGAAUUGUUUGGGUGCAGGUGUUUUAGAUGUAUACAAAAGCUGCAAUAUGAAUACGCGUUACUGAAAAACCAGCUUGAAUAUUUAUUCAGGGUGGAACAGCAGAUCCGAGCUGCUGGUGGGUAGUCUUGAUGUCAUCCAUAAAGGCAGAAACGAAAAGUGAAGGAUUUGAUGUUAGAGAUUAUAGUGUUCUAUGAGCUUUACGGUAUUGAAAUUAAUCCUCUUAGACUUACUGAAGGAUUCCUCUAGAUUUAUGUCUAAAGCUUAUACAUACGAGAGAAAAAUGCUAAUGUGAAUAAACAUUUCUACCUUUUUCUACAGAACAUAUAGUUUAUCUGGGACUUUGGAUGUGAACAUAUAUGAAAUUAAUACUCUUAGACUUAACAAUUAA